GCUCCAGCAGUUCAGCUCCUGACUGGCACACUGAGCUAACCCAGUUAAAAAGUUACACACACAUCCCUAGACUGGAUUUAAACCCGCUUAACCUGUCGUUUACAGGAGGGCAGAGAUAAAAUCGUCUGGCCGUCGAAUAAAUUCCUUUAACUGACUUCUGAGUGCGAGUUUAUGUAAUCAGUGAGCAGAGGUGGCAAAUUCAGAGCCAGAAACUAAAACUCAACUCCAGGAUUUUUGUCCGACUGACCGAGAGACUGCACUGCAGUCCGGCUACAGCGGAGCCGCCCAGGCGGUCUGAACGAAAUCCCGGAGUGGAGUUUCAGCAUUUCCGAGCUAGCAGGCUAACACCGCCGCCAGCUCCGUAAAGUGUACUUAAACCCGUGUUUGAAUGCAGGCGGCACGGAAAAAGCGCUGGUGGAAAACUACAGGAGAAGAAUUGUAUCCGUUUUUCUGUCUUUCUGUUGAAGUUCUACAGUUAUAGGAAUAUUGUUCGAUGGAUUUAUUGUUCAAGCAAGCUCUGAGGAAGCCUCCCUCCCGGCGCAGCGCUGAGGAUCUUAACAACAUCUACUCCCACCUCUACCACAUGGAUGUCCUGUCUCACCUCAGGGAGCAUCAACUCCGGUCAAUGUGCAUGACUGCAAGAUAUGAACGCUAUGAAGCUAACCACGUCCUGUUCUACCCUGAUAGUGUUUCUACAUGCUGGUACAUACUGCUGUCUGGAUCUGUCUUCGUGAAGGAGCACAUGUACUUGGCACGGUGUUGUUUUGGGAAGCAGUGUGGGGGGAGACGAGGCUGUGAAUGCAUCACUUUGGAGCCGUCAGAGAUGAUAGUGGUGGAGAACACGAGUGACAGCGAGGAGGCGGCUCUGCAGAGAGAUGGCUCCCAGCGCCACUCGCGCCGACGCUUUCACAAAGUCAACCCUCGAGGGGAGCGAGAGCUGAUCACGGACAUCCAGGACCCGGCCAGCUCAUCUACCCUUCCUGGAGACCUCAGCAAGAUGCACUUGACAGACCACCCUCAUCAGCAGGUGAUGCACAUGCCACCCAGCCAGUCGGGAUGCAGCAUUGCCAGCGAUUCAGGAAGCAGCAGCCUAUCAGAUAUCUACCAGGCCACCGAGAGUGAAAUGGGUGACGUGGACCUGUCUGGCCUCCCCGAGGCCCCUGUAGACUCUGAGGAUGAGGAAGAGGAGGAUGAAGAUAUUGAGCGAGCCUCAGAUCCUUUGCUGGGUAGGGAUUUGGUGAGGGAGUGCCUGGAGAAAGAUCCAGCAGAUCGCAGUGACGACGACAUUGAGCAACUUCUGGAGUUCAUGCAUCAGCUGCCUGCCUUCGCUAAUAUGACCAUGUCUGUGAGGAGAGAGCUGUGUACGGUUAUGGUGUUUGAGGUGGUUGAGCAGGCUGGAACAGUCAUCCUGCUGGAUAAGCAGGAGUUGGACCAGUGGUAUGUGAUUUUGAACGGUGCCGUGGAGAUCGGUCACGGAGACGGCCGGACUGAGAUCCUCUGUAUGGGGAACAGUUUCGGUAUCUCGGCCUCCCUGGAUAAGCAGUACGUGAACGGUGAAGUGCGCUCCAAAGGAGACGACUGCCAGUUCGUGUGCAUCGCCCAGGAGGACUACUGGCGCAUCCUCAACCAUGUGGAGAAGAACACGCACAAGGUGGAGGAGGAGGGUGAGAUCGUGAUGGUAAAGGAGCACCGUGAGUUGGACCGCAGUGGCACCAGGAAGGGCCACAUUGUCAUCAAGGGCACACCAGACAGACUGAUAAUGCAUCUAGUGGAGGAGCCUUCGGUGGUGGAUCCAACCUACAUCGAGGACUUCCUGCUUACCUACCGCACCUUCCUGUCAUGUCCUAUGGAAGUGGGAAAGAAGCUACUGGAGUGGUUUAAAGUGGACAGCCUCAGAGAUACGGUUACCCGGAUUGUACUGCUAUGGGUGAACAAUCAUUUUAAUGACUUUGAAGGAAACCCUUCAAUGACUCAGUUUCUGGAGAACUUUGAAAAGCUGCUGGACGAAGCGAAAAUGAAGGGUCAUUUGCGGCUGUUGAACAUUGCCUGUGCUGCUAAAGCUAAGUGGCGGCAGGUCACGUUGCAGAAACCCUCCAGAGAGUCACCACUCCACUUCAGCCUGCAGGGCGGCAGCGAGAAAGGCUUCGGCAUUUUCAUUGAAGCGGUGGAGGUGGGCAGUAAAGCGGCAGAGGCCGGAUUGAAGCGUGGAGAUCAGAUUAUGGAAAUCAAUGGACAGAACUUUGAGAAUAUCUCCUACACCAAAGCAGUGGAUAUUCUAAAGAACAAUACUCAUCUUUCCCUCACUGUAAAAACCAACAUAUUUGUUUUUAAAGAGCUCCAGAACCGCAUCAAGCACGAGAAGAAGAAUGGUGGCCUCCACAUCCCGAAAAUCCAGGAGAAGAAGGGUAACCGCUUUUCCAUUGCUGAACUGCCAGGAGAUUUGGAGUUUGCAACCGACAACAAGAGCCACAAAAAAAUGAAGGCCAACACUGUGUCAGGAGGCCGCAACAAGAUCCGCAAGAUGUUGGAGAAGACCAGGUUCAGCAUCUUACCCCCUAAACCCUUCAGUGAUGGAGGGGUGGGCCAGUCUCAGGAUGACAGCAUUGUGGGAACUAAGCAGUGCCGUCACAGUGUGGCGAUUAUGCCCAUCCCGGGCAGUCUGUCGUCCAGCAGCCCUGAUUUGCUCCAGCCGGCUACCAGCGUGCUGGACUUCUCAAACCCCUCAGCUGCUGGCUUUUACUACAUUCCAGACCAAGUGAUCCGUGUUUUUAAAGCAGACCAGCAGAGCUGCUACAUCAUCAUCAGUAAAGACACCACAGCCAAAGACGUGGUCUCCCAUGUGGUCAAUGAAUUUGGCCUUAUCGCUGCUCCUGAGACCUAUUCACUGUGCGAGGUGUCCAUCAGUCCUGAAGGCGUUAUCAAACAGCGGCGGCUACCAGACCAGCUCUCCAAACUGGCUGAUCGUAUCCAGCUCAGUGGAAGGUACUACCUGAAGAACAACAUGGAGACAGAGACGCUGUGCUCGGAUGAGGACGCCCAGGAGCUUCUGAGGGAGAGCCAGAUCAGCCUGCUCCAGCUGAGCACCGUAGAAGUGGCUGCACAGCUCUCCAUGCGUGACUUCGGAAUCUUCCGGAACAUUGAGUCUACCGAGUAUGUGGACGACCUCUUUAAGCUUGACCCUGGCGGUGGUGAAGGAGGCCACCUGAAGCAGUUUGAGGAGUUGAUCAACCAGGAGACAUUCUGGGUGGCCACUGAAAUCCUUUGUGAGGCCAAUGCGUUCAAACGCAUGAAGACCGUCAAGCAUUUCAUCAAGAUUGCGCUGCACUGCCGCGAGUGCAAGAACUUCAACUCUAUGUUUGCCAUCAUCAGUGGUUUGAACCUUUCCCCAGUGGCCCGGCUGCGAGGCACAUGGGAGAAGCUCCCCAGCAAGUAUGAAAAGCUGUUCCGUGACUUGCAGGAUAUUUUUGACCCAUCACGCAACAUGGCCAAGUACCGGAACAUUCUAAGCAGCCAGAGUGUGCAGCCACCAAUCAUCCCCCUGUUCCCUGUGGUCAAAAAAGACCUUACAUUCCUGCAUGAAGGAAAUGACUCGAAUGUGGAUGGCCUGGUGAACUUUGAGAAACUAAGAAUGAUUGCUAAGGAGAUCCGCCAUGUUGUUCGCAUGACCUCCGCCAACAUGGACCCGGCACUCAUGUUCCGCCAGAGGAAGAAGAGGUGGAAAAGUUUGGGGUCUUUGAGUCAGGGUAGCACCAACUCCAAUCUGCUGGAUGUGCAAGGCGGCCACAAGAAGCGUGUGCGGCGCAGUUCGCUGCUGAACGCCAAGAAGCUAUAUGAAGAUGCUCAGAUGGCUCGAAAGGUCAAGCAGUACCUGGCUAACCUGCAGGUGGAAACAGACGAGGAGAAGUUCCAGAUCAUGUCGCUGCAGUGCGAGCCUGCGUAUAGCACCUUAUCCAAGAACUUGAGUGAAAGAAGGUCCACCAAAUCAGACAUGUCUCCUGUGUCCAUGCGCUCCACGCCAUCUUCCUCCACUAAGUCACAGAACCGUGUCUCUCAGGUCCUGCAGGUCCCUCCUGUCAGCCUCUAUCCCCUGCGCAAAAAGAGCAUCGCUAAAGAUUUGGCAGCUGCACACAACUUCAUCUCACCACAGGUGGUGAAGAAAACUUCUGUCUCAGCGGAGGACAAUAGUGGAAAGAGGGCUGAAGAUACUACAUCCACCAUCUCCUCCCAUCACUCCAGUCCCAAGCUGUCACCACAGGGUUCCCCACGCAAAGUGAGUGGCAGCACUGCCAAAUCGCAAGAUGUUGGUCAGCUGAACUUGUCAGGCUCCUCGUCCUCUCUGACCAGCGAGACCAGUACCAAACCUGGAACAAGCAGCGUGGCAGGCGGAGGCAGUGCUGGAGGCCGGAGCUACGGUAUAGGCUACGCUUUGAUGCCAUCAGGCAGAUCGGACCAGUCAGAUUCAAGCCACAGUGAGAUCUCCUCACGUUCCAGUAUAGUGAGUAACUGCUCGGUGGACUCAGUCCCUGGAGGUGUUUCAGAUGAGCACUAUGGCAGCAGAGUCAGUAGCCAACCAGAGGCACUGCUGCACGUACACACCCCCGCAACAGAGCCUUGCCAGCCCAGCACCAGUUUGUCCUUGGCAAGACACUCUGUGACCAGAGUUGCUACCAUCACUUCUUCCACGAGUGCUGAGGAGCUCACCCCCGAACACAUCCUACUCUCGGAAGCCGCAGACAGUGGCCGUGGCAGUUGGACCUCAUGCUCUAGCAACUCCCACGACAGCUUUCAGAACCUCCAGGCUCAAAGGGCAUUGGACCUGAUAAACCACAGGCACCCUCCGAUGGGCGGCCCGAUAGCAGAGGUGGAGGUGGGACCUGCCUGGCUGGAGGAUCGGCCGGCCGGCAACAGGCAUUCCGGGGAUAGCUCCGAGCUGAACCGCUCGAGGCAGAGCUGGACGUCCUCUAGCUCACUCUCCGACACCUAUGAGGGGAGCUUUGGCACCAUCAAACGCAAGGCUGCGGAGCACUUGGAUCUGGAAGAAACUGCCAGUGGACAGCAAAGCACAGACCCUGCGUAUAAAACCAUCACAUCGAGCACAGAGAAAGGACUCAUAGUGUACUGUGUAACCUCGCCAUGCAAAGAUGAUAGAUACAGGGCUCCGCCCCCAACUCCUCCUGGGUACCAAGGUCUGGCCUUGGGCGAUGAGGGAGAAGCUCUGCGGUCAGCACAUUUAAAGCCACCUGACUAUAGCGUGGCCUUGCAAAGGUCCAAGCUGCUCCAAUGCCCCAGCGUCCAGGCUGAUGCACGAAGACUGGCGGCCAGUCAGCAUGGCUCCCUGUCACGGCCUCCCAGUGUAAUCCUCCAGGCUCUAGCAGAUAGUGAGGAGGAUGAGCAGGUAUCCGCUGUGUGACUCCAGCAAUUGCACGGGUUCAAAAUUGUCAGGACAACACCUUAAGCUACAGCCUUUCAUCCAGAGCACACUCUUCUCACAGACACAGGCAGUGCCAAGCCAGGCUUUUCUUCUAGGUUGUUCUGCUUUUUUUUUUAAUCCUCUCAGAACAGCACAUACACUGUCAGAAGAGGGUAUUUUCUUUUGUAUGCUGUUUUGUGUGGCAUAUGAUAAAUGCUGUGUGUUUAGUGACACUUUGUUUGGACCAAGCAGCAGUUUCUUUAGUUUUUUAACAAUGAACUUGGACAAUAUAUAUAUAUAUAUAUAUAUAUAU